GUCUCAGGCCUCACAGCGCGGGGUUUAUCAAAUCUAAAACCCUAGAGAGCUACAGCCAUGGCGAUCUUUCUGAGACGCGCACUCUCAUUCCGAAACGUCCUUCUCCUUCGAAGCUCUGCGAUUGUCGGUCGCGAGCUCUUCCAGUGCAAAUCCGAGGCACCGCAGAGAAUUCUGUCUCAUUCCGCUCUUGAAUUCGUCAAAGAAAGUCGCAGAGGCUUUGCCAAAGGCCGCAAUAAAUCAAAAGAUGACUCCGCUGCGGGCACAAUUGAAGUUUUGCCAAAUAUGGGGCCAACCAUUAAGGCAAACACGACCUCGCAAAUGGAGGCGGCAAUUACAGCAUUGUCAGCAGAAUUAAGCAAACUACGAACUGGAAGAGCAUCUCCGGGUACAUUCUCAAUUUCCCGGUUGUCAAAUCUGCUUGACCACAUUAUUGUGGAAACCGGUGGCGUCAAGCUGCCCCUGAGUCAGAUAGCCGUUGUUUCAGUACUGGAUUCGAAAACAUUGUCAAUAAACCCUUUUGAUCCAAAUGCCUUACAGAAGUUGGAGACUGCCAUUGUUGAAUCUGCCUUGGGGUUAAAUCCUAAAGUGGAUGGGGAUCGAUUGAUUGCAGCUAUUCCUCCAUUGACCAAAGAGCAUGUUCAGGCUGUAUGUAAAGUGGUUACCAAGUCCUGUGAAGAUGGCAGACUAAGUAUAAGAAGAGCUCGCCAAAAGGCAAUGGAUACAAUAAAAAAGUUGUAUUCAAGAUACCCAAAGGACGACUUAAAAAGAUUGGAGAAAGAGGUUGAGGAGUUGACUAAAAAGUUUGUGAAGACAGCAGAGGACUUGUGCAAGGCAAAGGAGAAGGAGAUCAGUGCAGGCUAAAAGGUGGUAUUUUGUCUCUGUGUUUUAAUAUUCAUUGGCGGAAGGCCCCACCUCCAUUCCGGAAGAGCUAUACCUCAAUUUGUUUUUGUAGAAGAGUCCUUUAGAAGUUGCCAUUCAAAAUCAGAACAUAGAUGUUUCAACUCAUGAUAAUUAUUAUUAUGCGAUAUUGAUGUUUCAACUUAUGAUAAAGUGAGCUCAUUUAAACGGUUUCGGA